AUGCGCACUUCAGUCCAGAGGAGGGCGGUGCAUGGUUGGACGCUGUCAAGAAGAAAACGCGAAGUGGAGGAAAGAUCAGCAGGAAGUGAGCAGAUGAGCACGGUGCAGGCAGGAAUGGCAGCAGGCUCUGAGUCCAAGCUCCAGCUGGUUCACAAACACAUCCGGGCCUUUCCAGACUUCCCGAAGAAAGGCGUCCUGUUCAGAGAUAUUUGUCCCAUCCUGAAGGAUGCAGCUGCUCUCACAGCAGUAAUCGACUUGUUUGAGGAACAUGUGAGGAUCAGUCACCAGCAGGUUGAUCUGAUUGUAGGCUUAGAUGCUCGAGGCUUUCUGUUUGGGCCUUUGCUUGCCCAGAGACUGGGUGUUGGCUUUGUCUUGAUCAGAAAGAAAGGUAAACUGCCUGGAGCCACAGUGUCUGUGUCUUACGAUUUGGAGUAUGGCAAGGCAGAAGCAGAAGUCCAGGAAGAUGCAGUGGCUGCAGGACAGAAGGUUCUGAUCAUUGAUGACCUUCUGGCUACUGGAGGAACAUUGUAUGCAGCCUGUGAGCUGAUGAGGAAGCAGCAGGCUGAGGUUCUGGGAUGCAUGGUGGUCAUCGAGCUCAGAGAGCUGAACGGCAUUGACAAAGUGAAACCACACAGUGUGUUCUCCCUGGUCCAGUACUGAGGACUGCUGCUUUAUUGUAUUUUUCUCUUCAUCUGUACAGAAUUUUUCAGUAAGAAGGUGUCGUAUCUAUUUAACCUUGAGAACAGGAAUGUCCUUCUGUGACUUGAAGGCUUGAAGGCCAUGCAGCGCUAACAGUGUGAUGGAAAAGUGAACUAGCUGUUAUACUGACUGACAGAAAUUAAUUGUUUACUGCCAAAUGAAUGCUAAGUAAAGGCAAUGGAAAUAAUGACUAAAGCUCAGGAUGUUAAUGUGGAGACUGAAGUGGUAAUUCAACUGGAUUGUUCCAUUUAAAGCUGUACCGCUGUGACCAUAUGAGCACGACUGUCUUAAAUGUAAUGCAGGAUUUGUGUUUUACCUUCAAACAAGACUAUAAAUCUAUGCAUAAAAGUAUGUUGUCAGACUGUUAUUAUAAAGGGAAUAUGCCGUCUAUAUUUAUACAUUAAAACUGAACUACCACACAAUACAGUAUUUUUAAAUGGAAAUAUUCUCCCACUCAUGUGAAAAAAAGAAAAUGUAAGAAAAGAAACACUGAGUUUUUGCUGAUAUUCUCGUAUGUGAUUUGCGGCUAAUCGUAACAUUAGCAAACUUGUUGGACACUGUGUAAGGGAUGCUACGACUCUUCUUUACUUGUCCUCCAUGUUAUGUCACAUUUUAACACUGACCAUCAUAUCCCCUUAUGUGUAGGUGUUGUGAUCACUACUUAAAUUUUACAUUACAAUGACUAUAUUCCAAAUAUUAGGUUAUUUUGAUGUACUCUGACAUUUAAGUAUUUUAUAAAUUAUCAUUAAGCUAAUAAUAAGAACUGCUAUGCAAAUGUGUUCUGUCUUUCAGCUCUUAAAUUCAAUAAACUUUGUAUGAUUUAAACCUCAAAA